UCUUUUUAAGAAAACCAUUUUUUUUUCUUUGCUUACCCUUUGUUUGUCUGAGAGAGAAAGUGAAAGAGAAAAACAAAGAAAAUAACAGAUACCCUCUCUGUCUCUCACUCUCUUUUUAGCUCUAUAAGUUCCUUUUUUUGAAAAAAUAUUAUGGGUUUUUGUUGUUGUUAAUGGUAAAAUUUAAGAAAAUGUAUAAAUAAAACGAAAAUUUCGUCUUUAUAUUAAUUUAAUAUUAUAAUAAUCCUAACCAAUAUGGGUUACAUUAAACUAAAUUAAGCAUAAAUCCCCAGCAAAUGGGGGUGUACUGUAAAAUUUUUACUUUAAUAUUUCUCAAUCUCUGAGCCUUUAAUGGCCUCUGCCCUCUCUUCUUCUCUUUCUCUUCACGGUUGUUCUUUUUGGGUGUUUACAUGUGCUCAUGCUGUAUCUAUGUAUCAUCUCUUCUCUCUCUUCCUCUAAUCCAAAUUCUAGGGUUUAUCUUACUGUCUAAGCACUGGAGACUCUACACCUCCUGUUUCUUUUUACUGUUCUGUCUUUGACUUGGUAUAUCUGAGAGUUCCAAGGUUCAAGAAGUGUUUGAUCAAUGUCUCGAGACAAAGAAGCAGAAGGUGAAGAGAGUCAGACCGACUUCUAUUCCCCUGCACUGCAGAAACCUAAAAUCUGUGAGGUUAAUUGGAUACCACAACUGAACCUGGAAGUAAAUUCCGGUGAUGAAGGAAAAAAUCGCUGUAGUUCCUCAGUGGUCCAACCUCAGGAUGCAGAUUACUCGUAUGUUGUUUCCCAGCUCAGUGAUGAGUUAGAGAUCUUGAUUCUGGCCCGGUUUCCUGAAUCAGAGUACUGGAAAUUAGGCUUGCUCAACAAGCAGUUCUUUUGGCUGCUGAAGAGUGGUGAGAUAUUCAAGAUCAGGAGAGAAAUCAGGUGUAGGGAGUCCUCAGUUUUCAUGUUGGCUAGUGGUGAUAGUUGCUGGUGGGAAUUUGAUCGACAAUUCAAGUCAUGUAGGAGUCUUCCGAAUUUGCCUGCAGAUGAAUGCUUCCUGCUUGGAGACAAGGAAUCUCUAUGUGCAGGGACUCAUUUGAUUGUGUCAGGCAGGGAGAUAAGUGGUGGAGUUGUGUGGAGAUAUGAAUUGGAGACUGAUAUAUGGCAGAAGGGUCCAUCAAUGAUCAAUCCCAGGUGCUUAUUUGCUUCAGCCACUUGUGGGUCUCAUGCUUUCGUAGCGGGUGGGAUUGAUUUGGAAACAAGUAGGGAAAUACUGAAUUCUGCAGAGAAGUAUAACCCCGAAACUAGGUCAUGGCAUCGACUCCCACAUAUGCAUAUCCGAAGGAAGCUUUGUUCCGGAUGUUACAUGGACAAUAAAUUUUUUGUCAUUGGAGGGAGAGACCAAAAUGGAAGAGACUUAACUUGUGGGGAAGCUUAUGAUGAAGCUAAAAACACUUGGGAACAUAUACCAAACAUGUUAAGAGAUAUCCCAGUUGCAACCCUGCAGUCUCCGCCUCUAAUUGCCGUUGUAAACAACCAACUAUAUUCACUCGAAACAUCCUCCAACGAGCUGAGAGUCUACCUUAAGGCCAGCAAUACAUGGAAGAAGCUAGGUUCAGUCCCGGUUAAAGCUGAUUCUCAUGGAGGAUGGGGUGUGGCAUUCAAGUCUCUUGGUUAUGAGCUGCUUGUGAUGGGUGCAUCAUCUGAUUUAGAAGAUGAUGUAAGUAUAUACAUUUGCUGUCCGGGUUCCGGUGGUAACAAUAGCGAGGAAUUGCGGUGGAGGCCUAUCGAUUGCUGUAAACGCAGGCUUAGUCAUUUUAUCCUCAACUGUUCUGUAAUGGCAGCUUGAGGAUGAUGAUGUUAUAUAGAAAGAAGUUUUAUGAAGAAUAAAAAUAAUGGCACUGGAUUGUUGUGGUUAUAUAUAUAUAUAUAUAUGUAACUUGGUUGGAGGAUACAUCAUCCGUUGGCAUUAUUGGUGAUAAUUAAAAGCAUUUUGCUGAUUCCCUUUCU